AUGAGAAAUUUGUAAAAGAAAAUGGAGACUUUGGAUAUCAGGAUAGCAAAUAACAGUUAUUUUAAUAAUAAAACUAUAGAUUUCCAUCUCUUAUUGGAGACUAAAAUAAGCUGGUAGUCGUACAAAUCCAUAGAAGUAAAUUGA